AUGCCAUUGCUACGCUCGACUGGACUAGGAAAAAGGCUUCCCGGCCACGUUGGCGACUGUUAUCGAAAGGAUGCAUACUGGCAGCUGAUGUCAAGAGAGAUGGUUGAUCAUCUCCUACGAACAUCGUCGACAGGGACCUCCGUCGAAAAGAAUUUGCUGUCCCCGCUACUCCAUGGGACAGACAGUUUUUUGGGUCGAAAGCUGACCCACGAUGAACUUGUUGAAGAAGCCAUGGGUAUCAUGUUUGCAGGAAGUGGCACAACUUCGACAACCUUAGCAUACAUGCUCUAUGCUUUAGCUUCUCCCGAAAACGGGGAAACCCAAGUCACUCUACGAGAUGAAGUAAUGCGUCUUCCACCCAACGACAUAUUGGCGCUUCGGAAUAGCCCAUAUAUCAAUGCUGUGAUUAAGGAAACCUUCCGCUUGUUUCCGACCAUCAUUUCUACCCUUCCACGACAUCUGACUGAGCCGUUCCAGCUUGGAGAAUACACCUUACCGGCUGGGACUGUUAUUGGAAUGCAGAAUUACGUGCACCACCGUGACCCGUCGGUGUUUCCAGAGCCAGACCGGUUUUACCCUGAGCGCUGGUUAACUAGUACAAAGGAGAUGGAUAUGUCGUUGACCCCGUUCAGCCUGGGUAGGCGAAAUUGUAUUGGUCAAAAUCUGGCAUUGGAGGAACUCUAUGUUGCAGUUGAGGUGAUUAUGCGAUCUGGGCUUGUUUUCAAGCUUGGAAGGGAAAUGGAAGGCUGGGAAAUGGAAAUGGAGGAUAGAUUCAAUAUCGCGCCCAGGGGUCGGCGGCUAAUGCUGGAGGUCGUGAAAGGAACAACAUGA